CGGCUCGUCGCCGCGGCAGCCCCAGCCCCGCUCCCACCCCCUCGCCUGCCUCCACCCUCCUUCCUUUUCUCUCGCUCGCUCGGCGAGAGCACUGUGCCUCCUUUCCCAGAUGGCAGCCGGCAGCGCCAUGCAGCCUCCCGUUCCUCCUCCUCCUCUCCCUCCUCUCCGGCUCUAAGUUAAUGCCAUGCUGCCGCUGCUCUUCCCGGCACUGCUGGCCGCCUGCCUGCCGCCCUGCCAGGGCUGGAGCCCCUCGGCGGCUGCCAGCGGGCAGGAGGAGCAGGAGCAGGAGCUCUUCUUGCCCCCUGCCAACUCCUCCUCCCGCUCCUUGGCCAGCCUCGAGAUGGACCUCGACGGGGCAGCGAGCAAGGAGGAAGGCAGCACCGACAGCCCGGGCACGCCGGCUGCCCCUAGCCAAGAGCCUUUCCCUUCCGCUCCCACCACCUCCGGGCAGGAGCAGCAGGGGCAGCAGCAGCAGGAGCAACAGCAGCGUCCCCAGCCGCAGGGGCAGCCGCAGCCCGCCGAGGACCCGCACUGCAACAUCAGCGUGCAGCGGCAGAUGCUGAGCUCGCUGCUGGUACGCUGGAGCCGCCCGCUGGGCAUCCAGUGCGACCUCCUGCUCUUCUCCACCAACAGCCACGGGCGGGCCUUCUUCUCCGCCGCCUUCCACCGCGUGGGGCCGCCGCUGCUCAUCGAGCACCUGGGGCUGGCGGCCGGCGGCGCCCAGCAGGACUUGCGCCUCUGCGUGGGCUGCAGCUGGGUGCGGAGCAGGCGGGUCGGGCGGCUGCGGGGCGCCGCGCCCCAGCCCCAGCCUCAGCCCCAGCCUCAGCCCCCCGCCGCUGCCGCCGCCGCUGCCGCCGCCUCCUCCUCCUCAUCAUCCUCCUCCUCCUCGCUUUCCUACCCGCCGGCGGCCGAGCCCGGCCAGUACUGGCUGCAAGGGGAGCCGCUGAAUUUCUGCUGCCUGGAUUUCAGCCUGGAGGAGCUGAAGGGCGAGCCGGGCUGGCGGAUGAACCGCAAGCCCAUCGAAUCCACCUUGGUGGCGUGUUUCAUGACUCUGGUCAUCAUCGUGUGGAGCGUGGCCGCCCUCAUCUGGCCCGUGCCCAUCAUCGCCGGAUUCCUGCCCAACGGCAUGGAGCAGCGCCGCGGCACCGCCGCCGGCACCGCCACCGCCACCGCCGCCAAGUAGCCUCUCCCGGUGACCCCCCUUCUCUUUGUCUUGUGCUCUGGAGGGACGCGGGACGGACUCUGUCGUGGUUUUCUUGUUUGCAGCGUGCCACAGGAGCGCGGCGGGGCGUGGGGCCGCCUCAGCGCCCGGCCCGGCCCCGAGGGCAGCGGCCCCGAGGGGGCCAAAUCAUAUGUGCGCGUUUUAUAUCUUUAAUACCCGUUUUGAUCGAACCUUUUAGUAAAAAAAAAAAACAAAACAAAAAAACAAAACAAAAACAAAAAAACAAAAAACCACCAAACACCCCCCCACCUGUUAAAAAAAAAAAAAAAAAAGGCAAGAAAAAGCCCCCCUAAAAAUUCAAUGGAGGAAAUCAAAGACCCUCCUAUUCGGCUGCAUUUGUUGUCAGAGUAGCAUUUUUGUACAGGAUGUGGUUUGAACGGGUUUUUCCUUUAUGGACAGAAAGGGAUGUCUCUCUUUGACAGAAUGGAGAACCGAUGCGGUAUAUAUAUUGUUAUUGCUGAAGCUGAACUUUAAUGAACCUUUCACACUGUAUUUCCUGGUUGAGAUAGUGUGUAUUUAUUAUUGUAGCUCCGCGUUAUUUGGCUUUUAAUACAGAGGUUUUCUUUCUGGAGCCACUGUAGCCUUUUGUUGGUCUGUUUCCUCCAGGGUGGAACAGAGGGUUUGGCUGGCCUUCCUGUCUGCGAACCUGCCACGAAGCUCCUUUCCCCGUGAAAUGGUGUUACCAGGCUGUUGGUGGCAAAAGGAGAAUCCCAAACCCUUUCUGGCUGGUGUUUGCCCUAUCUGUGCAGCAGAUGAGGGUCUGUAUGCCUACACCAGGGUUGGGUGGAGAGGGGUGGGGAGCACAGCUGUGCCAGAGAUCCUCCAAAGGAAUUUCAUCUGCACAGCUCCACAGACUUUCUCCUCGAUUUGAGCUUGAGUGGCUUCAGUCCUGGGAAGAUGAGGCCCACUCUGAGUUGUGCUAAGCAGCGUGGGGCAAGUCUCUUGACUUCCUCAAAGUUCAUUCCUCAAAACCAGUUUAGAUGCAGUGUAUUUGUUGGAGACACAGUAAUACUGUACCUCUUUUUCAUCUACCAGUCUGCAGGGUUGCUCACAGCCAGUCUGUGGGAUGAGAAGGCAGGAGCUGUCGGUCCAGAACUAGAUUCCAGCUGCUGCUGUGCAAGCAUGCAAAGAAGAAAGAUUUCUUCUCUCUUGUUUGAAUGGAUAGUUGUGUAGCCUGAAAUAUAAUUUGUUGUAUACUUCCAACUGUUUAGCCUUACAAAACGUUGUUUCAUUUGCCUUAGACAUGAUUAGUCCAGCUGAAGUUUCUAAAACCAAAAUACGAGCUAAAUGACAAAUAUUUGCAAUAGGAAUUCUCGGUUUUUUUGGUCAACAUAGAUGUAUUUAAUUUGCUAGUAACGCAUGAAUUUGCUUGGGGCUAAUUUGGUGUAUUCGCAGUGUGUGGUGGAAAUGACUGGAUGAAAAGUCUGGAAGGAUUAAAUUCUUAGGAUUUCCAUAUUUUUAAACUGACAACAAAAUAAAAUAAAUGCAUGCUCUAUGUGUUUGCUGUCUGGACAAAAAGACAGAGAUAAAAAGAUUGACAAACAGCAGAAAUAAAUCAAGAUUUUUAAAAUGCUCCAUGUUACUAGGCUGCCUCUACACCCACUGUUCCUCCUGUUAAUCCUGUUGUUGGGGGGUUGUCACUUGAGUAAACAUUGCAGUUGCAUUGUUUUCAGAAAGUAGAUGAUCCAGUCAAUGUGGGAAGUGUUCUCUUGACCUGUUGAUCCAAAGGGCACCUGCCCCUGUAUGCCUAAUUUAGAGAGCCCCUAUUUUCUUUCCUUGACGUGCAAAACUGUCAUUUCCACCUUGAGCAAGCUCUUGUCAGACAUUUGACAUGCUAGAGAGCAAUUCUCUGCCUAUCCUGUCCUGUGUGACAGAGAUACUUCUUCAUGCUGAAAGGCAGGGUUAGUAGGAAAACAUGAAGAUCCUGCUAACACCCUCUCAAGGGAGAAAUGUUAUACAUAUGGAAUAGACCUCAGAAAAGUUGCCGUCUUCAGGAAUAAUUUCAUCUUUUGAAGGAGAUGUAUUUAGGCAGAGAGUUAACAAUUUCUACUGGAAGUUUUUCUGGCUUUAGUAAUUCAUGAUGUACAGUCCUCUCUGUGGUACAGGCAGCCUGUGCUUAAACUCAAGGGUGGAAUCUCUUUUUUGCUUAUCCUUGUUUCACCAGUGAUGUGAUGUUGUUUUUUUUUUCUGAAUUACAUCACCAUAAACAAGGGAAUGGUGUUACUGUCUGAAACAGGCAGCUUCAUUUGUUAAAGAUUUAUUAUUUUGCAGUUCUUGCAUACAUGUAGCAGGUGGUACACCAAAACUGGUACAAAACGGCUUGUUUUUCUAACUUCUAUCCAUAUCAGCUUGAAUACAAACUUUGUGAAUAGACACUGCCACAUGCAGAAUAUUUUGCUGCUUCACUUAAAAAGCAUGAUACAAGAGAGAGAUUUUCUCACAGUUAUUCUAUAAAUACACUUGUAACUGGAGCUAUUAAUAAAAAUCUGCUAAGACACAAAUGUGUACAACACAGGGGUGGCAUUAAACAAACUCCAAAGGCAAAUCUUGUCCAGAAUAGAAAAAAAAAAUCCUGCAAUGUUUUCAGGGAGUAUGGGACUCAGACACAAUGUGCAAAGAGCCCUUGUGGGUUGGGGAAGGUGUUUCCUUAGAUCACAGUAACAGCGUGCAUAAGCAUGUUCCCUUCGCGGAGGCAGACCAGUCCGUGUUUCUGCGCCUUAAAGAGGAGUUUAAGGCACAGCAGGGGGCACAGGGAUUGCCUGCUGUACAGGCUUUAGGCUGGAUCCUAAAUGAACCCUCCAGUUUCAGUGAGGUGGCAGCAGGGCUUCUGUAAAGAAUAGACAGUGGAAAUGCACUAUGCAAACCGAGAGCUUUCUUCAGUCGCUGUUACACCUAACAUCAAUAUCUCUGUUCCUGUAACUGUGGCUGCUACAAUGACUCUAAGUAAACUAUAAUUUUGGGUAACUUUUGCCUUCAUUCAUGGGAAUUUCAUGUGAAUGCAACCUGGAAGAAGCAAGCCCAGGGCAAUGUGAAAUGAUACAUGCCAGCUAGUUUAAGAUUACAAGUUAGACACUGAAAUGUAUAUUUCUUUUCUUCUUCACUGGGAGUGGAGCUUUAUUGUCUCUUAGCUGGAAUUGAUUCUAAGCCAUUUUUAUUCAUUUGGAUUUAUUUUUAAGACCAGCUGGUAGCAGGGUCAGCACGAGAGCAGAUUAGUCACCAUGUAUAAUCCUUUAUGUACUCAGGGAGGGCAUAUAUUUGUAUAUAUCUAUCUACAUAUGAGGAUUCACUGUGUAGAACAGGAAGUUAAAACAGAAGUGAGAAAAGGGAUGAUGAGAAACAAAUAAUACUGAGGAAGUAGUACUGAUUUUCCUUCAUUGUUUGUUGGAUCAUGUUCCCUGGUAAGUUAUCAUGACUUUAUUUACAUAUGAGUGUUUGUUGGAAAGCAAGAGAUAUCUAGGAACAGAGGGAGUUUCUUGAUUUACUUUUUAAAAUGUAACUCAACUCUAUUACAGAUUUUUGUUUUCAUUCCAGGAACCAAGAACAAUCUCGACAUUCAGCAUUAGAAGGUACUAGGCUUGUGUGCUAGUGUUAGACUGGUACAAUUUUUUCUGUAUAUUCAGACCUCAGAAUUUAAUCUCUCCCCUGUUUUCUUAGUUGUGUUUCACAGAUGUGUUAGAAGGGGAAGUAUACAGAGGAAUAUGUAGUUUUAGCAUGGACAGAGUUUUGCUGUUACUUAGUGCCACAUUGAUUCCAAUAAUAAAAAUACAAAAAUGUAGUGCAGUGUAAUGAUAAUUAUAUAUUAUGUAGGCACACUGUUGCUCAAUAGGUUGUCAGUAAUCAAGCACUUCUGUAUGUCAGGAGGUAUUUGGAUAUUUGGGGCAAAACUGCCAUGCUAGGUUAACUGUAGGAGUUGUUCCUUAUCCAGGGCUUAGUUCACCAGUGCUUUCGAUGAUUAAUGCAACAGCAGGAUUAUUUGUGCAGUGAAUGUUACUCAAUAUGAGGAAGGGCUACUGAACCAGACCCUAAAAAAAACUAAUUAAAAGCUGUAGUUGGCUGAAUAAGUAUUAUUCAUCAUGACAUCUGCUUGCUGAAUAAAAGUAUCUCUAGGGCUGACAUUACAUGAUCCUAGGGGCUGAACAAAACCCUAUUGAAAUCAAAUAGUUAAUUGAAGUUUUGUAGGACUGGAGAUCAAAGGAUUUAUUUUGAAGAUAUAUAUAUAUAUAUAUAUAUAUAUAUAUAUUUAGAUGUAAGGGUAGGCAUGAUGUUCUUGUUCCUCUUUGGUUUUUAUACACAUAGUUUAUAAAUCCAAAGCCAGGAUUUCUCAGUCCAAUAUAGGGCCUUGCCAGUUUUGGAAGGUAGUUUCUUUCUGAAGCUAGUAUGGAAAUAUCAGUUAUUUUCCAAGGAAUUUUACAGAAUAAAUUUAAUUUUUUUUCCUGUCUAUUUCAGGGAGAGACCUUGACUUUGCAAAAAAGCAUUUGUAAUGAUUCUGGGAAAACAUGUAAAUAUCAAAUCCAAAGUGUAUUCCAAUUUCAAAACAUAAAAAAUCUUUUUAAUCAGUAACUGAUUUUUCAAAGCAUAUUUUUAAACAAAUCAGUUUCCGUUUUUCCCUUCAGAAGCUAAACAUUUCACUGAAGAUCAGUGGGCAUUUGAGUGUUUCACAUUGUGAUUUUGUAUGUGAUUUUUUUGUGGAAAAAAAUUCUCUUCUGUGAUUUGGAACUGAUAACAGCUUUUGACGAAUAAGUUACUGUAUUUCUUGUCCCAUCUUCAUAAUAGUUCUGGUUAAAUAAGUUGUCCAAAAUAAUUGUAAAUCAUAAUAAUAAUAAAAAAAAGUAGCUUAGUCCA